GCAAACAGUAUGUGUGCCUGCUUCCUUCCUGAAGUGAGCCAUCUUUCUAUACAUCCUCCUAGUAUUGUUUAGCCGGCUCUAAUAAGGAUCCAUUGAGGUGUUUUCGUUCUGCACAUUUAAAUGGAGAGUUAUGCUUUUUAGUAAUUCUUGAGUUCAUGGGCAAUACUUUGUCCCAGGUAAACUCUUGUGCUGAUUAGGCAGUUCCUCCAACAGGUUCUGGGAUCUGCCUGUGUUCUUGCUGUCAUCAUCAUAAUCUCCUCCUUCCUUCUGUGGGAUUAUUAUGGCUAUGAAGCAGGGCAGCCUGUAACUGUCCUCCGAUUUCUGCAGGCCUUUUGUUUUGAUUUUUUUGGUAUAUAUUUUUUUCUGGCUGUGAACUGGUGGAAUAGCAGAAGCCAAAAUGCUGAACCAGAGUGCUGUCAUAAUCUUCACUGGGAUUUGUGGGGCAUUGGUGUUCAUGGCAAUGGCCUACUAUGUCUACUGGUCUGUGGUGCUGGCAGAAGGGCCGUGUAAACGCGGCUUGUAAAAGGACUCCACCGUGGUUGGUCGUAGUGUAUAGAGAGAAGCCCACUCAGCCCUCCAGGCUCCUCAGCCAUGGCUCUGCUGGCCUACCUGAAGAGCCUGUUCAUCUUGCAGUUGCUGAUGGGCUUUGUGUUUGUGGUGAGCGGCCUCAUCAUAAACUUCAUUCAGCUGUGCACCUGCAUCCUCUGGCCGAUCAACAGGCAGCUCUAUCGCAGAAUCAACUGCCGGCUCUCUUACUCCCUCUGGAGCCAGCUGGUGAUGCUUCUGGAGUGGUGGUCAGGCACAGAAUGCACCCUAUACACCGACCAGGCUACGGUGGACAAGUUUGGCAAGGAGCACGUCAUCAUAAUCCUCAACCACAACUUUGAGAUCGACUUCCUGUGUGGCUGGACCAUGUGUGAAAGAUACGGCGUCUUAGGGAGUUCCAAAGUGCUAGCUAAACACGAGCUACUGAAGGUCCCUCUAAUUGGCUGGACGUGGUACUUUCUAGAAAUUGUUUUCUGCAAAAGAAAGUGGGAAGAGGACCGAAACACUGUCUUCAGAGGACUAGACAGGCUCAAAGACUAUCCUGAAUAUAUGUGGUUUCUGCUGUAUUGCGAGGGCACCCGCUUUACAGAAAAAAAGCACCAAAUCAGUAUGCAGGUUGCAGAGAGUAAAGGCCUGCCCAAGCUCAAAUAUCACCUUUUACCCCGAACCAAAGGAUUCACCACCACACUGCAGUGUCUUAAGGGCACAGUAACUGCUGUGUAUGAUGUGACUCUUAACUUCAAAGACAACCAAACUCCCACUCUCCUGGGCAUUGUCAACGGCAAGAAAUAUAAAGCUGAUAUGUCUGUAAGGCGGUUUUCUGUAGAGGAUAUACCAGAUGAUGAGCAUGAGUGUGCCAACUGGCUGCACAAGCUGUACCAGGAGAAGGAUGCUUUACAGGAAAUGUACAACAAGGAAGGCAAGUUCCCUGGACCCACAAUAAUCCCACCACGCAGGCCGUGGACGCUGCUCAACUUCCUGUUUUGGGCAACGCUGCUGCUUUCACCCCUCAUCAAUUUUGCCUGCGGAGUGGUUGUCAGUGGCUCCCCUCUAUUAAUUAUUGGCUUUAUACUCUUCCUCAUCAUAGCCUCUAUAGCGAUCCGCCGCCUCAUAGGGGUCACUGAGGUGAAGAAAACAGGUUCCAGUUACGGCAACCAAGAGGCCAAGAAACAAAACUAAAGUGUCACUCCCUCCUGUGAAUGGCCGUUUCUGUAGGCCACCCUGUGGUGUCUCACCCCAACCCAACUCCAUUCUCCUCCUACUGUCGAGUCAGUUGGUAGGCUGGGGAGGAGUCCCAGCUGUGAAAACAUAAUAGAGACCAGAGUUAACAAUUCUAAUGGCACUAGGGUGAGGGAGUAUAGAGGGUCUGGGGUCCAAGCUCUCUGGUGUAUCACGGAACAUAACGAAGGGGAGAUGCAGCACUGUAUUCCCCUGCAUCUUUCUUAAUCCAGCUAGCCCCCCCCCCCCCCCCCCCCCCCCCCCCCCAUCCACAUCCCAUUAAAUCUCAGUAACACCCAACGUUAUGCUUCUAACAUGUCCGAGGUCACACGGACUACCACUUCGUACCUCCACUUCCUGUCACAGUCAUCAGCCAAUGGGGAGUGGGUACACGCUGAUUCUUUUUGCCCACAGAACAUAUUGCCCAUAUUUGUUAUUUCUAAGCCUCCAUCCCAGUGGAGGUGCAUUUCCACAACAGCAGUGUGCAAGAUACCGGACGUCUCCCUUCCUUUUCUCACUGAGUGGGGCUUGUAAUGGGAAUCGGUGCCUUGAGGCCCAGCCUGGUUUUCCUUAACGGGGUCAGCUUCACCCAAAAUCAUGCAGUUUACCAUUUUUAGCUGUAUAUAGCCAGCCAGAUAGUUAUGGUUUUAUAUACCCUUGGGCACUGCUAUACCAGUACAAUGAAGGUGAAAUAUGAUGUGACUAGAAACAACAGAAGCUAUACUGCAUUCUUCAAAUGUAAUUGGUAAUUAUUUCAACACAAACAGUGGGAUAUGGUUCACCUUUGUUGUACUGGGGCAGCAGCAGAAGUAUUUGGAUUCAGAAUCUAAAUGUCACAUCAUGUUUAGUGGUGUAUAUGUGGUAAAAUCCCGGUUUCAUUUUACUGUUACAAUCGUAGUAUUCUGACCCCUUUAAAUCCUGGUUUGGAACGGCUGGUGUCAAACUACAUCAAGGGCUCUGAAUGUGAAAACUGUCCUUAUCAAGGAUACCUCCCAUCUGUUACAGGUCUCAUUUGUGGCCCACAGACCCCAAACUUUUUUUUUUUUUUUUUUCCCUUUCCCCCCCCAUUUCAUUUUCUUUGUAUGUUUAGUAAUUUACAUACAUAUUUUCAUUCAUUUUCAAUUGACCUCCUAAAUGUGAUGUUAAUUGAACCAAACGCUUGAUGCAGUUGAACAUGCCACCCACCCCGAUGCCAGUCAUGACUCACUGUCAGUGGAGCCAGAAUCCAGAAAAGGGUCACCAACUGUCUUCAUGUAGCCACACAGCUGAAAGUAUAUUGAUUUGCUCUCCAGAUGAACAGACUGUAGUAUUGAUAUUUUAACCUUUGCCUUAAGUCAAGCUUGCUCAGGCAAGGGAUUGCUUAUCUGCCACCCCUUUAAAAAGAUGCACCCACAUCUUACCUCUGUCACCCUCUCUUCCCUUCAUUACAGUGAUGCAUGGUGGAGCAGCAUGCAUUGGUUUGGUCUGAUCCCCAAACUGAGUGAAUAAGUUCAAAUCUACUUCUAGUCUCUGAAAGUGUUUUGUUUUUUGUUGUUUUGUUUAAAGGCGUCCUGUGUACAUUAGUUAAAGAAAGCUGCUUAUGCACAUGCAUUUCCCAAUUUUAGUAUCCCAAAUUUGAUUGUUUGCAGAUGUCUCAGGUUAACUGAUGACUGCUGCAGUACAGGAGUUUUUCUCCCAGUGUGUCGAGCCACAUUUCAAGGUCAAAAAUAAAAACAAUGGUAGAAAAACGUGAAGGGGAUAUUUUUGUCGUGCUCUCUCCUUCCCUUCCCGUGCCACAUGUUGUGUUUAUCCUAGCUUUCUGUUUUAUUUUUAUCAUAAUGUCUCAGCAGCUAUAUGUUCUUUUUUUUUUUUUAGUUUUCUCUACAGAUUUCAUGCAAGCCUUAAUUAGUGCUGCUUAUUUUUUUGUGUGAAAACAUAGAAGCUAACCCCUGUGGUAGUGAAGGACAGAACGUACAGAACAAAAACAUGCAUACCAGUACAGUUGGAACGUUGGCACGGAUAUAUUCUAAUCAGACCAUGUUUUUACACAAAAAUACUUUGAAAUGACUUUGAAUAUUUGUGAAAAGCUUUAGGAUGCUUGCAUGUUGUUUUUCUUCUGUUUUCCAUCAAAUCCAACAGAUGGUCCAACAAAUUUUGUCCAACAAAUCCUCUCAUUGAGUAGCAGAAGAAGCUGCUGAGAAGUUCAAACCAGUGUUUGCAUAAAAUGUUUACACUGGUUGGGUUUUUUUUUUUUUUUUUAAGUGAAGAACUAUUACAGAUUUGUCCUUUUUCCCUCUUCAGAGUUCUUAAAUACGAUCAAAUGACAGUUAAAAAUUUCCAACACUUUAGAUUAGCUGCACGAUUUUAUGAAAUCUCAAAGAUACUCCAAUUAGUGGAACCUCUCACAUCAGCUUUUGUUUUGUUUUCUACAGCUGUUUUUAUGUUUUCUUCAAUUUUAAACACUUGAGAACAUUAAAGGAUUUAAUCACAAAGCAA